AUGUUAUCAAAGGUGUCUGCUUUUGGGUUUACCACGGACAUAUGGAGUUCGUCUGUUUGUCCAAUGUCACUGAUCAGCUUCACUGCUCAAUGGAUCGACUCGAGUUUUAAUUUACAACGUGCUACGUUAAAUGCGCAACAUUUUCGCGGAUCUCACACAGCAGAGCAUGUGAAACAGGCUAUCGGAGAUAUGCUGAACAGUUGGGGAAUUGAAAAGGAACGUGUCCAUGUAAUUGUGCGUGACAAUGCGCGAAAUAUGAAGAGAGCCAUGGAGGACUUGGCAGUACCGAGCUUGGGCUGUGUUGCACACACGCUUCAACUAGUUGUGCACGAGGGUCUGCUCUCUCAGCGCAGCGUCACAGACACAAUGGCUAAUGCCAGGAAGAUAAUAGGCCAUUUCAAACAUUCUCCUUUGGCCUAUUCACGCCUGGAAGAUAUCCAGAUUUCUCUGAAGAUGACCGUGAAGCGCCUGCAGCAGGAUGUGCAUGUUGGAUGGAACAGCAGCCUCUAUAUGCUACAGAGCAUUCUGGAGCAAAAGCGAGCGCUCAGCAUCUAUACAGCUGACCACAACCUCCGUGCUACACUAACAGCUAGUCAGUGGACCCUGAUGGAGAAUACAGCUGAAGUGUUAGUUCCCUUGGAAGAACUGACUAGGGAAGUGAGCAAGGAGACUGCAACUGCAGCAGAUGUGAUCCCUGCCAUUUCAGCUCUCAGACGUGUCCUGUCUCGAGAGCAAACGACUGACCAGGGUGUUCGAACCAUGAAAAGAACUCUCCUAGAGGCAGUGGAGACUCGCUUUGCUGAGGUAGAAAAGGAACCACUCUACAGCAUCGCCACUUUAGUGGAUCCAAGAUACAAAGACAGAUAUUUCACAAAGUCAGACCACUUGAGGUUUGCUAAAGAUUCCCUCAUCCGGGAGGUGAUGAAGAUGGAGGAGAACAGGGUUGCCAGUGAAGAACCAGAGGCAGCAGAGCCUGUGAGCAAGGCACCUCGUCAAGGAGCAGGAAGCAGCCUUGGCAGCAUCUUAGAUGAGAUCUUAGAAGAGCGUCAGCCAGAGGCCCAAUCUGUGAGUACCACAUCAGCAGAUGUCCAGGUACGGAUCUACCUUUCGGAACAAACCAUCCCUAGGAAAAGCAAUCCUCUAGACUACUGGAAAACACAUGCUACACAGUUCCCUUCACUGGCUGCUGUUGCAACCAAAUUUCUUUGUGCCCCCUGCACCUCAGUGGACAGUGAGAGACUCUUUAGUGCAGUGUCAAACAUUCUUGACGAGAAUAGGAAUCGGCUCUCCCCCGACAAGUUAGAGAUGCUGAUUUUCCUCAAAAAAAACAUGCACUUUAUUUGGGAGCCUUAGAGUAAAAGUUGAGCUCCAUGUAGAGCACAUGGAAGAGGUGAUUUACCAGUUCUUUGCAAUUUGACGUUGAUGUUUUAUUCUUGAAUGGUGUUAAGUUCGUGCACCACUUUGAUUAGGCAUAUCUUUUGUUCGUUUUAAUAAACAAGUCAGUCUAAAGGCCUAAGAUGUAUUUUAUUUUGUUACCUGACUGAAUUAUGCAACUACCUCUUAGAGGUGGAGGUAAGCACUUUAAUUUAACUUCUAUUAUUGUGUUGAGUUAUUUUACAAACCUUUUCUACUUUUCUAUAAAAACAAAUUUGUUUACAUAUUGUUGCACCACUGAUAAGCUACAAAGACAUAAUGUUGUUUACUUGGUUUGAAGUGCUGCUGCACUAACAAAAUGUUUCUACUUAUGGUAUCAUGUUGGAUGCCG